CCAAUCAGCGUGGCCCACCUGUCUUUAUUAGUGGCUGUCCGCCCUCGGGCUGCAUGGUUGCUCUGUCUCUGCUCCAGGCCUCCGCCGACACCCGUGGAUAAGUAGCUGCAGCGGCCCGGCACGGGAACUCUGUUUCCGGCUGUGACCAUGACCAGGGCUGGUUUCUGCGACUCCAAGCCCCUGCUGGACUUACACAAGAAGGCGGAUGAGAGGCGAGCCCCGUUAAGAACUUGGUCUAAUGCCUGUGGGCCGAAAGAUCGCUGGCAGCCUGUCGAAGUAGAAGAGUCCAGGAUGGCCCCUGUCAAAAUGGAGCCAGAACGCAGAUGGGAAAGGAGGUUAUCGGCGCAAACGAGCGAAGGCAUCAUCAUGGGGUUCAAUGAAGACAGUUUAAUGCACACAGCUGCAGAUGGGUGUGUGGAGGAGAGUGUGUUUCUUUACCCUCAUGGGCUGCAGGGUAUUCACAGCCUACAGGCACUGGUUCCCAGCUUGCUGCGCCAUGAAGUGGAGACGGCACUAGAGAAACUUGACCUCGCAUGGGACCGGGUAUUUGCCUGGGACAUGUUCUUGGAUAUGAUGAGAACUCAAACACGAAACUCUCUACCAAACGCCGACCUGCCCCGGCAUUUCACUGAUUCCACUCGCUCUGUCCUGGUAGACUGGCUCAUUCAAGUACAUGAGAUGAUGCAUUUUCAAGAAGAGACCCUCUAUCUGGCCGUACACCUCCUCAACCGCUCGUUGCGUCAGAUCAAGGUGACCACAGUCAACCUGCAGCUCCUCGGCAUGGUUUGCCUCUUCCUUGCUGCGAAGAAGGAAGAGUGUCUCCUCCCCGAGGUGUCUGGACUCUGCUACUUGAUGGACCACACCUACACUAGCCAUCAGCUGCUGAGAAUGGAGCGCAAAAUCCUCUUAGGACUUAAGUUUGAUUUGUCCUACUGUCCGCCUCUGCAUUUCCUCCUCCUCCUCGCCUCCAUCGCUCGCAGCAGUGCUAAGGUGGUGUGGAUGGCUCGCUAUUUGCUGGAGCUGUCUCUCUUGGAGGGCCAGUGUGUGGUGUUUCUGCCUGUGCAGCUGGCAGGAGCGGCCCUUUGCAUGUCCCGCCAAGUUCUGCAGGACCCACUAACACCAGAAGGGGAGGCUGCAUGGUGUCUGGCCUCCAGUGUCCAUGUCGGCAGUGAGACUGCCCUGCUGAGGAUCAUGCACAUUCUGGCCAGUGCCGCAGGCAAGGCCCACAACCGAGAGACCUGCGCUACUUUUAUUAAAUUCUCCUCCCCAGAGACCAUGCAUGUCAGCAGGCACCCGGGUCUAAAGAACACCGCUGCUCUGCUGGGUAUAUGCACUUGACAUUUCUGACUGCCAGAAACUUAAUUAUAUGCCGAAGCUUCAAGGUAGAGAUGCUGGACCAGUAUCACUUGAGGACUUGACUCCUGCGCGGUCCUGAAGAGUUGCCAUGGAAAUGGGUGAGGAAGAAGUGUGAAAUAUUUGACCAUAACAUUGUUUAACAAAGAAUUGUAUGCACUUUAAAUGUAUGUGUGUGUAUUGAUCACACCUGUUUUUUUAUGAUCUUAUCUUGCAGCCAAUUAGAAAAUAUUUGAAUUGUAUUGAUUUGUCCUUGUCUUUUGGGCUGUAUCAAGUUUUAAUGUACAAAUAAAGUGUCUGCUGCAAAUGUA